AUGACCACCUUCGUGGACGACGCGGAUACCCAGAUCACCUACACUCCUGGCUGGAAAGUGUUCGCCAACGACGGCGGUAGCGUCCUCAGAACAAAACAUGGCGCAGCGUCUGCAGACCUCACAGCCACCUUCAGUUUCACAGGGACACAAGUGUCUGUCUGGGGGCUCGUGGGUUCUAACGACGUACACGGCUGGCCGACCACGACAUACGCAAUCGAUGGAAACGUCCUCGGGACGUUCACCGCGCCCCAAGUCGAUCCGCCCAGCUUUCGCGUCAACGUCACAUUCUUCUCCUCCGACACCCUCGCCGCUGGCCAGCACGAGCUCACAAUCACGAACGUGAACGGAACGGCGCCGAACGUGUACUGGCUCGACUUCCUCCUCUUCGCGCCUGCGGUGAGCAACUCGACCACCACCCCCGCGACCACUGGCGCAACCAGUGCUGCUGCACCUUCCCCGUCGAGCUCGGGCGUCCUUCUCACCACCGGAACAGGCUCAGGCUCAAGCAGCAGCAGCCCCGCCUCUCAGCCAACAGGAGGAAACGAGACAGCACCGUCGCGCUCGUCCUCCAGCUCCCACACAGCGGCUAUCGCGGGCGGCGUCGUCGGUGGUCUCGCGAUCGUCGCGAUCGCGGCCGCGCUCAUCAUUGGUCUCCGAAGGCGUCGAGGUCCACGACGAGAGAGCCGGCUCAUGCUAGAGGGCGAUGAGGACGGGGGCAUCAUGACCCAGGCGCUGCCGUUCACCGCGCAACAGGCUAGCGGGAGCACGAGCCUGUCCUCCAAAACCGCGCUGCCCGCAGUGCCCCCUGUGGGGGGCUCCCAGUCGGGUGCUUCGAUGGGCCGUACUCUUGAAGAGGUCGACUCUGGGCUGCGAUUGGCGAACGUGGGCGACGGGACUGUCAUUCUACCACCUCCAUAUACCCGCGAAUGA